CCAGGUGCCGGGGGGCGCGAUGUGUUUUGGGACCGGGCCCCUUAGGACAGUGUUGGGGCCCUGCUCCGGGGGGGCUGUUCUCGCUGCCCCUUCCCCAGCCGUCGGAAGGAGGCUCCGUGUGCGGAUUGCUGUUUUGGCCGCGGAUGGGGGGUGCUGGCUGAGCGAACCCCCAAGAGCAGAGACAAGGAAUGGGGUGAGGGGCUGGUUCUCACUCCCAUCCCCUCUGCUGACGGUGAUUUUAUCUGCAGUCCCCACGCGUGUGCUGAGUUCUUCGUGGGACAGAUAGAAAGACAAGGACCCGGAAGAGCUAACCGUGCCAUUUUACUUGUGAUGUGCCCCAGCACUGGGGGAACAGACCUCUCCCAGAGCCUGUGAAAUAAGAAAUGUCGUCUGAUUCGAGCAAGAAGAGGAAACCCAAGGUCAUCCGCACCGACGGGGCCCCGCAGGAGAGCAAGCGGAGCAGGGCUGACCCUGACCAGGAUGUGAAGUAUUACAGUGAAGAGGCGGAGGUGGAACUCCGAGAUCCCAGCAAAGACUAUGAACUCUACAAGCAAACCUGCCAGGAACUUCAGAGGCUCAUGGCAGAAAUCCAGGAUCUGAAGAGCAAAGGCAGCAAAGACAGUGCAAAGCAGAAAGUAGACGCCUAUCACCUGCAACUCCAGAACCUGUUGUAUGAGGUGAUGCAUCUGCAGAAGGAGAUCACCAAAUGCCUGGAGUUUAAGUCAAAACAUGAGGAGAUUGAUCUAGUGAGCGUGGAUGAAUUUUACAAAGAGGCUCCUCCAGAAAUCAGCAAGCCUGACGUCACCCUCAAUGAGCCCCACCAACAGACCCUGGCCCGCCUUGACUGGGAGCUGGAGCAGCGCAAAAGGCUGGCGGAGAAAUAUAAGGAGUGUCUGGCCAACAAGGAGAAGAUCCUGAAGGAGAUAGAAGUGAAGAAGGAAUAUCUGAGCAGCCUGCAGCCCCGGCUCAACAGCAUCAUGCAGGCCUCCCUCCCUGUCCAAGAGUAUCUCUUCAUGCCUUUCGACCAGGCACACAAGCAGUAUGAGACGGCUAGACACUUGCCACCACCUCUCUAUGUUCUCUUUGUCCAAGCCAAUGCCUAUGGUCAGGCCUGUGAUAAGAAGCUGGCUGUAGCAAUCGAAGGGAGUGUGGAAGAAGCCAAAGCCCUCUACAAGCCACCAGAGGACUCCCAAGAUGACGAGAGUGAUUCUGAUGCUGAAGAGGAGCAGACCACGAAGCGUCGCCGCCCCACGCUGGGCGUGCAGCUGGACGACAAGCGCAAGGAGAUGCUGAAGAGACACCCCCUGUCUGUUACCAUUGACCUCAAGUGCAAAGAUGACAGCGUGCUCCACCUGAUCUUCUACUACCUGAUGAACCUCAAUGUCAUGACGGUGAAAACCAAGGUGACCACUGCUACGGAGAUGGCCACGCCCAUCAGUGCUGGAGAUCUGCUGUCUCCAGGCUCCCUGCUGAACUGCCUGUAUCCUGGGGAUCAUGGGAAGAGAACUCCAAAUCCAGCCAACCAAUUCCAGUUCGAUAAAGUUGGCAUCCUGACCCUGAGUGAUUACGUGACAGAUCUGGGGCACCCCUACGUGUGGGUGCAGAAGCUGGGUGGUCUGCAUUUCCCCAAAGAUCAGCCUCAGCACACAGUGACCGCAGAUAACUCGCUGAGUGCCAGCCACAUGGAGAUGACUAUGAAGUUGCUCAGGAUGAGGCUGCAGUCCCGCCUGGCUCUCCACAAGCAGUUUGCUUCACUUGAGCAUGGCAUCGUGCCGGUCUCCAGCGAGUGCCAGCAUCUCUUCCCUUCCAAGGUCGUGUCGCGCUUGGUGAAGUGGGCCGCGCUCCCCUACGAGGAUUAUCUGGAGCUGUCCUACACCAAAGACGUCGUGGAGGCUGGCUUAGCUGAAGACACUCACCUCUAUUACACGGCACUGGUAGAGAGAGGAACAGCCAAACUCCAAGCAGCUGUUGUGCUGAAUCCAGGCUACUCUUCCAUGCCACCCAUCUUUAACCUGUGUCUGAACUGGAAAGGGGAGAAAACCAAUAGCAACGACGACAACAUUCGGGCAAUGGAGAGCGAGGUCAAUGUGUGCUACAAGGAGCUGUGCGGGCCAAAGCCUGGCUACCAGCUUCUGACCAAUCAGCUGCAGCGCUUGUGUGUCGUGCUGGACGUCUACCUGGAAACAGAGUCCCAUGACACCAGCGUGGAAGGGCCCAAGGAGUUCCCCCAGGAGAAGAUGUGCCUGCGUCUUGUCAGGGGGCCCAACCGGAUGAAGCCAUUCAAGUACAACCAUCCACAGGGGUUCUUCAGUCACCGCUGACCCCAUCACCAGGAUUGUCCUGCCUCCAACCACUGAGCUCCCACAGCACCUGAAUCUCCAUGCCACGUUGUUCUAAGCUGGUUGGGGCUCAACCACAUCCCCCAGCAACCUCUCCUGCCCCUCCAUGCAGCGCUCCCAUUCCAGCGUUGCUUCCCAGGGGUGUUCAAAAGUAUUAAAUUCUAGAUGAAGAAAAGUC